UUGGAGUCUGUGUCUAGCAUUACCUCCCAGUUAGGCUUGUGUUUGUUAUUUUCUGUGUGUGUCUCUUUGUGGUUGGGGCUGUAUCUCUCACCAGCUUGCUUCUGUCCCUUUGUGCCUGGAUUCUCUUGCUCACCUGGUCUCAGUCAGAGUUUGGGGUGUAUAAUUUCUCUCUCUCUGUGUUAAGCUUGUGUUUGCCUUUAUUCACUCUCUCUCUGUUAGCCUUUGUGCCUGUCUUAUUUUCUCUGUAUAUUAGGCCUGUGUCUGUCUUAUUCUUUGUGUGUUAGGCUUGUGUCUAUCUUCGUCUCUCUGUGUAUUCGCCUUGUGCCUGUCUUAUUAUCCCUCUCUGUAUUAGGCUUGUGCCCGUCUUAUUCUGUGUAUGUGUGUGUUAGGCUUGUGUCUGAGCCUCUCUCUCUCUCUGUGUGUCUGUGUUAGGCUUGUGCCUGUCUUACUCUGUGUGUGUGUGUGUGCUUUACUAACUGCGGGGCUGCGCUGGACUCCCAGACAGUGGGUACGGCGCCGUGUUUGUCCUCUUCAGGCGGGGACGGGAGCCGGUUAAACCGGGGGGGCAGCUCCUGAUUCCUGCCGCUGGCCUGUCUGCAGCGAGCGGGCCGGCUCCGGCUGCCAUCUCCCGGGCACAGGGUGGGCUUGAGAGGCCGCUUGGGCUCCGGGAGGAGCUCGACCCGGCUCCCGUUGAUGGUCUGUCCCCGGAGAAGACGGAAGAUUGAACAUUAGACCGUUCAGGCCGACAGCAGAGCGACCGAACGCUGCACUCGAGCAGGAAUCAAACCAGAAUCUCCUGGUUCCGCGUUCAGAUAAAUAGAGGUGGCUGAGCAUUUUGAAGAUGCAGGGGACAACAGCUGGUAACCACAGCCCUCCGAUGCUACUGAGGGUGACAAUGGGUCUCAUAUCUCUUGUAGUGGCCCUCCUUGCGGUCACUGCAUUCUUCCGAAUGGAACUCCUACACCACUUGCCAUGGGCAAAGGGACUGGAAGACAACAGUUCAGACUCCUGCCCAUAUGGUCACUUCCGGUUGAGAGGAAUGAAGGAUUGUCUCUCCUGGUUGCCCUGCGAAGUGAUUCAGAACGAGGUUACUGUGGUGAAGCUGAUUGGUCGAGGUGCUGUCAAGCAGGUAUUCCUCGCAAAUUGGCGAGGACACAAAGUGGCUUUCUCUCGACUUGCUGUCUCUGAAUUCAGCAAUGACUUCUUUCAUGGACUAGAGAUGCUGAAAGGCUUGCAGAGUGUCUACGUGGUCAAACUGCUAGGAUACUGUGAAGAAGAUCAUACUAUUCUCACAGAGUAUCACCCUUUCGGAUCAUUAAUCAAUGUUAAUUCCAUUUUGGAACGAGAAGGGCACCGUGACUUCAAUAUGUGGGAAAUUCGAUUUCGUUUGGCCAUUGACUAUGUGAUGUUCCUGCAGUUUCUACACAACAGCCCUUUGGGUCCCCGGGUUAUGUGUGAUUCCAAUGAUCUGAGGAAGACCUUGUCCCAGUAUUUGUUAACUACAGACCUGCAUGUGAUAGCUAACGAUUUGGAUGCUUUGCCGUUAGUCAAUCGGAGCACUGGUGUUUUGGUAAAAUGUGGUGUCCGGCAACUUCAGGGUGACUUUGUGGCCCCAGAGCAGCUUUGGCCAUUUGGCGACGACCUUCCAUUUUCGGAUGACCUCAUGCCCCCAUACGAUGAGAAAACAGACGUGUGGAAGAUUCCGGAUGUUACUGAUUUCCUGCUGGGCCAGGUUGAAGGAAGUGAUGUUGUCAGACUCCAUUUGUUUCAAUUGCACCAAGACUGUAAGAGAACUGUGCCACAGCAAAGACCUUCAUCAUUGAUGGUUCUUCAGAGUUAUAAAGCUGUUUAUACUUCACUGACACAGGAGUCAGAACUGUCUGACAGUUACAGCAGCACAUCCUAUGACUUAUAAUUAAUGGUGAGAUUAUGUCCUUACAGUUACCAUAACUUAACUUAAAUAAAGUCUCUUUUUUUUAAAUAAA